CCCCGUCCCCGCCUUUCUUCUCUCCCGGAGGGAGGAGGAGGAGGAGGCGCCGCCGCCUGACGAGAGCGCGAGAGAGUCUCUUCCCCGCCGCCGCCGCGCCUUUGGGACCAACCGCCUGAAGAGGAGGAGGAGGGUCUCGCGGCGCCCAGCCCGGAGCGAACGAGAGCGACGCAGGCCCCGCGUGAGCUUCCCCCAGGACCGGCUCCGCGCUUGGCCGCCGCUUCGCUUCCUCGGUCGCCUUCCCUCCGGCCUGUCCCCGGCAGGUUCUUCCUCGGCUUGUGUGAAAUACCUGCAGUCCAAAAAUGGCAGCAAAUAAGCCCAAAAGUCAAAAUUCUUUGGCUCUGCACAAGGUCAUAAUGGUAGGCAGUGGGGGUGUAGGAAAAUCUGCAUUAACACUGCAGUUCAUGUAUGAUGAGUUUGUAGAAGACUACGAACCCACCAAAGCAGACAGCUACAGGAAAAAAGUAGUCCUUGAUGGAGAAGAAGUCCAGAUAGAUAUAUUGGAUACAGCAGGACAAGAAGAUUAUGCCGCAAUUAGAGACAACUACUUCCGAAGCGGAGAGGGUUUUCUCUGUGUGUUUUCCAUUACAGAGCUUGAAUCUUUUGCAGCUACAGCAGACUUCAGAGAGCAAAUUUUAAGAGUAAAAGAAGAUGAGAACGUUCCGUUUUUGCUAGUUGGUAACAAAUCAGAUUUGGAAGAUAAAAGGCAGGUUUCUGUAGAAGAAGCAAAAAACAGAGCUGAUCAGUGGAAUGUUAACUACGUGGAAACAUCUGCUAAAACACGGGCUAAUGUUGACAAGGUAUUUUUUGACUUAAUGCGAGAAAUUAGAGCAAGAAAAAUGGAAGACAGCAAAGAGAAGAACGGGAAAAAGAAAAGAAAAAGCCUAGCCAAGAGGAUCAGAGAAAGAUGUUGCAUUUUAUAAUCAAAGCUCCAAACUCUUUUCCUAUUUUCACCAUCCUAAUAAAAUCCAUAACUUAUAAGCAUGCCAUUUGAAGGCUCCUAUGACUGAAAUUACUCUUAACAGUUUGGGAAUUGUAGGGUACCACUUGUACCACUUAAAGCAUGAAUUGGGACAGCACUGAAGGUAUUUCCCUGAAAGGUUUUUUUUUAAUGUGGCUUCAAGAGAAGCAAAAUUCACCCCUUUUCAUAUUUUUUUUCUGCCUCUCAUCACGGUUCUUCUGAAUGUAGAGUAUUUCCCAUAUGGGCAGUCUGUCCUGAACUGUAAACAAAACAUUUCUUUUUAUGGCUUCUCCUAAAGUGUACAUCACCUACAUCACCAAAUCUUCACUUUUGUCUUCUACUGCCUUGAAAACUACUGCGGUGGUCAAAACUAAGCAAAGGUAGUAUAACUUUUUCUUUUGCUGUUAUAAGAUUAUGCAAAUUAGAGAAGAGAACCGGGCUCUGUUCUCUGAUGCUUCUAUCGGGAAUCAUGUAUACAUGGAAUUAGCUAAGGCAAAUAGUAUGUAGAUUCAUGUGAGGAUAUUUGAAUAUGCCUUAAUUUAAAAAAAUAUAUUAAUGUCACGGGUGUAACUUCAUUGUGAUGCAUUGAUAUAUCUGCAUCACGCUGUGAAAUUAUAUCCUUUUGGAUGGAGUGCAGUUUGUGAGUAAUCUUACAAACUAGCGGUUUGCUAGCAGUAUCUCUGAUCAGAAAAGUGUGCCAUACUCUGGUUCUUGGAAGCAAUCCAGAGCAUACUGUUACCUGUGAUAAGUGAAACAGAGCUUAAACUUAAAGGGCCGACAUACCCAUAUGCAUCUGACAUUUUUAAUUUGAAAAUGAAGAGGGUGAUACAGCACACUUCGUUCUGAACUGAGCAUGUCUCUCCUAAUGUGCAAAUAUUAAGAACCUGUCCUCUCGCAAUUAUUUAAUGCCUAGAUAUUCGGCAAGAUUAUUUCUCUAGGGCUGGAUAUUCAGUGUGACAUUUCAGUCUUCGCAAACGGGGUUGUCUUAGGGAUGUUCGUGAAAUUCUGACAAGCUGUUUCCCUUCCUUAGGACCUUCGUUCUAAGCCUUUAAGAACACAGUGUAGCAAUGCUAAAACUGUUGUAAUGUUACCUGUUCAACUCUUAGUGGAGAAAAAUCUUUCUCAUUAAUAUUGAACAAUCAAUCCUGCUCAUCAGUACAGAAAGAUUUACAGUGUGCUUCCAAAACCCCUCAUCAGUACAUUGAAAAUUCAUUUGUCAUCAAAACUCUAGUGCAUUUGAAAAUACUAGCACACUGUUAGUGUGUGGAAUUGACCUAAAGACAUUACUAUCUUUUGAGACUUUGAAGCCUCUUUGGAGGAAAGUUAGAUCGGUUCCAAAACACCUUACUUUUUAUAUACCUGCGUAAACUUAAACUGACAGUUGAAAGUGUGUCUGAGUGAACUUGCCAUCACAUGUAUGUAACAUGCUAAUAAGUAGAGAUUAGGAACGUGGCUCUAGAAAACACUCUUGUUAAUAUUUAUCCAGGAUUUUUUGUAUGUACAUUCUCCAGUAGAUGCUACCAUGUGCGGAACUAGUUUCUUGACGUGCCUGGCCAAGCAGGUUGGUCCUCAUUUUUAGCGUGUAUCCAUUUCCAGUCUGUCUAACCAGGGAGUUUAACCACUAACAUUGUAAUGUUGUUUGUGUAAUGGGAACCAAGGUGUUAUGAAGCCAAUGGACACACAGAAGCAAUUGUCAUAGGCUGAUGCCUUAUAAGAUUCUUUUUAUUUGCUAUUUGAGCCAUUGACUAUGAAUAAACUUUCAUUUUUUAAAAAA